AUGUCAUACGCCUAUCUAUUCAAGUUCAUCAUCAUUGGAGAUACUGGCGUGGGCAAAUCAUGCCUAUUGCUACAGUUUACAGACAAGAGAUUCCAACCAGUACAUGACCUGACCAUUGGUGUGGAAUUUGGGGCCCGAUUCAUAACCAUUGAUGACAAACAGAUCAAGCUCCAGAUCUGGGAUACAGCCGGGCAAGAAACUUUUCGUUCCAUCACAAGAUCCUAUUACCGUGGAGCUGCUGGGGCCCUGCUGAUGUAUGACAUUACCCAGAGAAAUACGUUCAAUCACCUGACAACUUGGCUGGAAGAUGUCCUUCAGCAUUCCAGCUCCAACAUGGUAGUCAUGCUCAUUGGCAACAAAAGUGAUUUGGAGACCAGACGAGAAGUAAAGAAGGAAGAAGGAGAAGCUUUUGCCAGAGAACAUGGGCUAAUCUUCAUGGAAACCUCAGCAAGGACUUCCACCAACGUAGAAGAAGCCUUUAUUGAUACAGCCAAGGAAAUUUAUAGUAAGAUCCAAGAAGGAAUCUUUGAUAUGAGCAAUGAGGCCAAUGGUAUUAAGAUAGGUGUACAGCAUUCCCUGACUACUGCUCUGAAUGCAGGAAACCAACGAGGAUGGCAUUCUAGGGGAGGCUGUUGUUAA